GUCUCCAGACUCACGAGGCAGUUGCGCCGAAAAUAAGCGAAGUGCAUCGGUUGUAGUUCUACCUGGACGUCACCCUCCGAGGAGAUGCGAUGCGACACGAAGCAAUGGCGUUAUUCGUUUGCUUAGCAUUUGGCACUGAAAGUUGAGAUUCGGAAAGGGCCGAAAGGCGGGCAAUUCGUCCCGCCCUUUUUUCUGGUUUUAUUUUUUAUCUCUCUCUCUCUCUCUCUCUCUCUCUCUCUCUCUCUCUUCAUGAAGUCUGAACCUACUGACAAAGAUCGGGUAAAACAUUCCAUGUGCCAGAUGCUCGAGCUUUAGAAGAAACCAAUAAAACCCUAAUCAUCAUUAACACCUGGGAGCCUCCGUUUCUUUUAUUUCUCUGCUUUCGAAUGCUAAGCAAUGGUUGCGCAAUUGGCUUUCUCUGCUCAUCAGCAUUUUUCUAUUCGAGUUCCCGAAAUCAAUGGAAGAAAGCUCUGCCGCUCGUUCUGUUCUUCGCCUCGUGAUUUUAGGGUUGUCAAUGCUUCUUCUAGUGUCGAAGAGUCCUUGAAAUAUGUUCCUGCUGCGCCAAUUCUUCUUCCAGAAGGACCAUGGACGCAGAUUCCUGGUGGAGUAACUGCAGCAAAUGGAUUCAAAGCUGCAGGCAUGUAUGGUGGACUGCGUGCAAAAGGAGAGAAGCCUGACCUUGCACUCGUAACAUGUGAUGUUGAUGCAAUUGCUGCCGGGGCAUUCACAAGAAAUGUUGUAGCAGCUGCACCAGUUAUAUACUGCAAGCAUACAUUAGACAAAUCUCAAACGGCACGUGCUGUUUUAAUUAAUGCUGGUCAAGCUAAUGCAGCCACGGGUGAUGCUGGCUACCAGGAUGUGAUUGAAUGUGCAAGUGCUGUUGCAAAGCUUCUGCAACUAAGGUUAGAAGAAGUGUUGAUCGAAUCAACUGGUGUAAUUGGUCAGAGGAUAAAAAAGGAUGCUCUCCUGAACUCACUGCCAAGACUAGUUAGCUUGCUGUCAUCUAAUGUUGAAGGGGCAGAUUCGGCAGCAGUGGCCAUAACAACAACCGACCUUGUUAGGAAGACUGUGGCCGUUGAGACUGAGGUUGGGGGCAGACAAGUAAGAAUUGGAGGAAUGGCAAAAGGAUCUGGGAUGAUCCAUCCAAACAUGGCUACUAUGCUUGGUGUUAUAACAACCGAUGCCCUGGUGACUAGUGAUAUUUGGAGGAAGAUGGUACAGAUUGCAGUGAACCGGAGUUUCAAUCAGAUAACGGUAGAUGGAGACACAAGUACCAAUGACACUGUUAUAGCUUUGGCCAGCGGAGUAUCAGGAUCAAGCAGGAUUUCUUCUUUGGAGAGUCACGAGGCAAAACAACUCCAAGCAUGCCUUGAUGCAGUAAUGCAGGGUCUUGCAAAAUCAGUAGCAUGGGAUGGAGAAGGAGCUACAUGCUUGAUCGAGGUCACUGUUACUGGUGCCACUAGUGAGGCUGAAGCGGCGAAGAUAGCUCGCUCAGUAGCAUCCUCUUCACUUGUGAAGGCUGCUGUAUAUGGCAGAGAUCCAAAUUGGGGACGCAUUGCUUGUGCUGUUGGCUAUGCAGGGACUCCUUUCCAUCUGAAUGAGCUUCAAAUUUCACUUGGAGAUAUUCUGCUCAUGGAUGGUGGGCAGCCACUUCCAUUUGACAGGGCUGCAGCUAGUGCUCAUCUCUGGAUGGCUGGUGAAACCCAUGGUACAGUUGAAAUUCUUGUAACUGUUGGUAAGGGGCAGGGAAGUGGGAAAGCAUGGGGCUGUGAUUUAAGCUAUGAUUAUGUCAAAAUAAAUGCCGAGUACACGACAUGAAAAGGAACCAGGUUCUUCUCUCAUUUCUUUGUUACUCUUUUCGGGAGAACAAAAAAUAAGAGCUCUUAAUAGUCUUUGGUACUAUUGUUUCUCAAGAAAAACUGAACCUGUGGAUAAAGCCCGGUUCGAGUUGCUACUAGUUUUCUCAAAGCCACCACUGACCCAGGUGCUGAUAGAUAGUUUUGAACUGGAAAAAAAAAUGCUUGUGUUAAUAUUAGUAAAUUAUUUUAUGUAAUUUUUCACAAGCACAAAGAUGAAGCAACUGAAAAAGAUCUUACCUCUUGCUUUGGAUAUAA